AUGAAUGCCUCUAGAGCCUCGCACUAUGAAUCAUCAUAUCCUCUAUACAGUUUUGACUGGUCGCAUCAAGGAGUCAUUGUGGCAACGUACAGAGAAGAUUUGAGCAACCAAAUCACGGUGCUCAGUGCCAAUAAGAAUAUUCAUGGUGGAGACGAAUAUGAUUUCCAGCCAGUCGCCACCAGUGAAUUAAUGUAUCCUGCCACAAAGGCUCUUUGGGAUCCAUCUCAGAAAAUGAGUGGCAAUGGAUCAAGGUUUGCUUCUUCAUCGCAAUACCUUCAGCUUUGGGAAAUCCAAGAGACCCCCGGCCCAACUUCUAACAUUAUCAAUGGCAAUAACAUGCAAUAUCAUCAUGGGUGUUAUACGUUCAUUGUUCAAGAGAAACUAAAGCUUAUUAAUUCCAAACUUUCCCAUCAUUCACUUCCACCACUUACAUCAUUUGAUUGGAAUAUUCUGGAUCCCUCACUCGUCAUCACAUCUAGUAUCGACACCACUUGUACAGUAUGGGAUUUGAAUAGGCAGCAAGUGAAAACUCAGUUGAUCGCCCAUGAUUCAGAAGUAUUUGAUGUAAAGUUUGUUCAUUGUGACGUGAAUACGUUCUUCUCAGUGGGAGCAGACGGCAGCGUCAGAUUAUUUGAUUUGCGAGCUUUGGAGCAUUCGACUAUCAUUUAUGAGCCUCCGCAAACAAAUGCAUCCAUCACCACUACGGCAAACAAUAUUGUUAAUAAUAGUGGUAGUAUGCCUGCCAGUAAUAAUAUGGGUAUCAUCAAUUCGUCUCCGUUGCUUAGACUAGAUACCUGCAAAACCAACCAAAACCUCAUUGCCACCAUUGGGGUAGACUCCACCGCCGCAAUGGUACUCGAUAUAAGAUAUCCUGGUACAGCAACUUAUUUUCUUGAUGGUCACUCAGCCUCAAUAAACUCAUUAGCCUGGCAUCCAACAAAAGAGGCGUUAUUGACUGGAGGAGAUGAUUGCCAGGCAUUGAUAUGGGAUAUGAAUGGGAUUGUCACCGAGGUCGCGUCAUCUGCCCAAAACUCAUCAUCUCAAAACUACCAUCAACCAGGUGGGGUGCAAUCUUUCCCAUAUUCCCAAGGAUUAGGGGGAAGUGCAAGUGUUCAAGACAGGAUCCUAAAGAACGUUAACGUGAGACUUCCGAAUAAUUCAUUCAUCAAAAGUUGUAUGGUGACGUAUCCUGAUUUCAAGUACCCUCAUCAGAGUCAUUCUUGGGGAACUGAUACUUUACAGCCGAAGAUUGGCAACUGGCCAGCAGGAGGCGCUUUUGGUAAUACUCUUAAUAAUGGUGGCUGGGUUUCUCUGGAGAUCAAUUAUGUAGGGUGGAAUGAUGUUGGUGACUGGUUUGGUGUAGUCAGCGGUAAAGAAUUCCAAGGUGUUAAAUCAUACUAG